GCCCUCCCCGCCCCCGGCCCGCCCCGGGGUUGUCCCCGGCAGCGAGUCCCGCCCAGGGAGCGGCGGAGCCGGGGCGGCCCCCGGGGCUGCCUCCGCCCCCAGCCCGCCUCCGGCUCCGCCGCUCCAUCCCGGGACGGGCCGGCCGAGCUGACAGUCGGGCUCAGCGGCCGCCGCGGGAGCAUCAGCCGGGCAGCGCCCGCCGCUCCUGCCCGCGCCCACCUGCGGCGGGGGCUGCCCUGGGCGCGGGGCGGCGGGGGCGCUGCCGCCGCCGGCUCCGCGCAGUCCCACCCCGCCUGCCCUCCAGGAUGAGCCCGGAGUAUUCUCUGCGCUCCUUGCUGCUCAUCAUCCUCGCCACCUUCUCGGCCAACGCCAGCAACUGGCUGUACCUGGCAAAGCUGUCUUCAGUGGGGAGCAUCUCCGAGGAGGAGACCUGCGAGAAGCUGAAGGGCUUGAUUCAGCGCCAGGUGCAGAUGUGCAAGAGAAACCUGGAGGUGAUGGACUCGGUGCGACGCGGAGCCCAGCUGGCCAUUGAGGAGUGCCAGUACCAAUUCCGCAACCGCCGCUGGAACUGCUCCACACUGGACACCCUGCCUGUCUUUGGCAAGGUGGUGACGCAAGGGACACGAGAGGCAGCGUUCGUCUAUGCCAUCUCUUCAGCAGGGGUGGCCUUUGCUGUGACCCGCGCCUGCAGCAGUGGCGAGCUGGACAAGUGUGGAUGUGACCGCACAGUGCAAGGGGGCAGCCCACAGGGCUUCCAGUGGUCGGGCUGCUCCGAUAACAUCGCCUAUGGUGUGGCCUUCUCGCAGUCCUUCGUCGACAUCCGUGAGAGAAGCAAAGGGGCCUCUUCCAACAGAGCAUUAAUGAACCUCCACAACAACGAGGCAGGGAGGAAGGCAAUCCUGAACAACAUGCGUGUGGAAUGUAAGUGUCAUGGUGUGUCAGGCUCAUGCGAGUUCAAGACAUGCUGGAAAGCCAUGCCCCCCUUCCGCAAAGUGGGCAACGUCCUGAAGGAGAAAUUUGAUGGUGCCACAGAGGUCGAACAGAGCGAGAUUGGAUCCACCAAAGUGCUGGUGCCCAAAAACUCCCAGUUCAAGCCACACACAGAUGAGGAUCUCGUCUACCUAGACUCCAGUCCUGACUUCUGUGACCAUGACCUCAAGAAUGGGGUCCUGGGCACCAGUGGGCGGCAGUGCAACAAGACCUCCAAGGCCAUCGACGGCUGCGAGCUGAUGUGUUGUGGCCGUGGCUUUCACACGGACGAAGUGGAGGUUGUGGAAAGGUGCAGCUGCAAAUUCCACUGGUGCUGCUCCGUUAAGUGCAAACCCUGCCAUCGGGUGGUGGAGAUCCACACAUGUCGGUGAUGCACGGGGGAGCGCGCACAUCUGUAUCCUCUUUAACUGACCCUGCUUCUCCCUUGCCCCACAGCCAGGACUGAGGAAGUGACAAUGAUACUGCUGGGAGAGCACAGCUCUUUACAGAGACAGAACCACAGAGAAAAACAGAUUUUAAAGAAAAAAAUAUUUAAAGUUUAAAAAACCUGAUCACUGUUGGCUUUUUUUAUUUUGUUUUGUCUGCUUUGCUGUAUGUAUUGCUGAAGCCAGAGUCCCUUGGUGUCCUGUGCCGGCAGACAUGUUUGCGCUCUGGCUGUCUGGGAACCUUGAUGCCAGCUCCAUCGGAUGGGCUCCUGCUGCUUUUGGAGUGCUGCAGACAGAAGUGUUUAAGGCAAGGGUAGUACAGCAUUUGAAAUCUUCUAUUGUAGUUAUUUUUGUUUGCUUAAAGGCACGUGCUGAGCAUCCUGGAGCACCACUGGUCUGGCUAAGCCUCAGGAAGGGAAAGAGCACAGCCAGCCUGUGCAGCCAGGUGCCUGGCAAGAGACAGGCAGGUGGUGACAGGGUGGAACUGUCCUCCAAGAGUUAAGUUCCAUGUGGAGCCCAUCCAGGGUGAUCAGUUCAUAAGGGCAAUGUGAGACACUCCUGCACCUCCUUGUUGUGGGAUGCUUGAAUGCUGCCUGAGAAUGGAUGGAUUUUGGAGCAGCUCCAGGGACUGCUCUUAUUUACAGAAGCUCCUCAGUGGCUGCCUAGGGCUAUUGGAGGACACGAUGGUCCCACCAUGCUCCCUUUCCCCCAACUCUUCUCCAGUACCUGGUUCCACUGGAGACAAUGAAGGGCAGUGAUACCUGCAAUCACUGACACUUAAUGGAACUGAGACCUGAUGGGAGAAAACCCAAGUUGAUUUCUUCUCCUCUGUCUCAUAAUUGCCCGCACCUUGCAGGCAUCCCACAACAGGUCUCCUCUUUCUCCUCCAUGUGCCUGUUCUCCUCACUCAGGAAGACACUGGGGGACAGUCACUAUCCUGAUGAAGGCUGAGAAAAGCAAAAGUAUUAAGUAGAGCAGUUGGGGGUGGAGGAAUGCUGGUGCUCUGCCACUAUCGCUGUGUCACCCUUAGGAAGCAACGAGAGAAGAACUCAGCCAGAGGAAUGCUGCCAUGUGUGCCCUGAAAUCACAGAGAUCUAGUGCAACAGGGCCUCAGCUGUCCUGUCCUGCUCCCUGGGACACUGCAUGAGGACAAGGCACUGUCCUGCCUGCUCUGGCUUCCCUCUGCCUAGGAGUGGGCUAGUGCAGAGUUCUUGCUGUUGGGCUGCAAUACGAAAUAUUUGGAGAACUAAUAAGCAGAGGGGCACUGUGAGGGAAGGUGGAAAGUGAACCAGUUCCUCUCCCCUCACCCACUGGUCUAUAAGUCAAGAAGUAAAAUGGAAGCAGAGAAAAACCUCAAAAUGACACCUCAAGCCAGCAGGUGAGGCUCAGCAUUGCCAAGCCCUCCUGUGUAGGAGGGAGCUCCCUGCAUUGUCCAGGAAAGCCCAGAGUUGUGACCAUCAUCCUCCCAGCUGAAGGAGGGAGUCCCUGCAAAACCUGCAGUCUUCUUGUUCUUCCCUGAGAGGGAAAAGGUUGGAGGAAUGCACAGGCAUAUAUGAAAUCCCAUCUGUGCCAUGGCAGCAAUGGGCUGGGGGAGAGCCUGUGGUCACUGGAAGGCCUCCAGACACCAUCUGCUGACAACUGACUUGAAGCAGUGCAGGAUGAGGGAGGUUUGCAUUAGGGCAAACCCCAGCUGCCUCUCUACUGCCUGCUCAGCACCAAUUCCAAUAAACCUCCAGCAAAAUGUGCCAGAUGGUGGGGAGGGACACCCUAGGUGGGUCCUGAGGUGGAGCACCAUGGGUUGGUCCAUUUCAGUGCAAAUCAGAGAUCUCCUCACCAGAGCAAGGUUUGCCUCUCUCAGCUGCCUCAGUUGACCAAGGGUAUAGCAUUAAAUCCCUGCAGAGGGGGCAGGGGUGGGGGAAUCUAAGCUUUGCCUCCCAUGGUUCCAUCUCAUCAGCCCUCCAAGGCUGCAAAUCCUCAAAUGCCUUAGAGACAGUUCUUCCAUUUCCAGCUCAUGAAGAGGAGGUCACAGACCUCAGGCCAUUGGCCAAGUCUUCUGCUCCUUGUCCAUCUAGGAUGAGGGCCAAAGCUGAACGAGAUAAUUCAAAUCAGCAUGGAGAUAAUCUCAUGGGAUUUUUUCAGGCUGCAAUGAAAGCUAAGCCCUACAAAUGCCACCCAGGGUUAGUUUGGCUCUGCAGCACUCUGGUUCUUCUCAUAAGUGUAAGUUUCAACACCACAGCAGGGUUUAGAAAUGUGUUUUCAUAUUUACUUUGUCUAUUAAAUAAUAAGUUUGUGCUGAACAA